AUGUUUCUCUUGGAUGUUGGGCCUGGUCGGGCCACAGUCAAGCCUGACAGAGGGUCCCGCAACCAGUGUUGUAUCCUUUGCUCGCAGUGGACCAGGAAACCUGUAUGCGCUGGUUGCGGGUUGGAUACUGCGUCAACGGCAGUGCGGCCGCUUUCUGUAGAACUCAGCAAGCAGGCAGCAUCACUGUCCAGACUGUGCUACCAGGACAUAUUUAGCACCAGCUCCCUAAAUGAGUUAUGA